UGGUUACGCGGAGCAUUCAUCACUUUCUACCUACCGUUACUCUGUUCAUUGUUUCAGCUAUGAAUUUCUCUUUGCAUUGGUUAUUGCAAUAUUUCUAAAUGGGCGUUGGGAAAAAUAUUACUUUUUAAAUAUAAAAUAUUAUCGUCUUUUCUUUAUUAACAAGGAGUGUUUAUUAUUUGGCGUUCAGUCGAAUUCGUGUUUUAAGUGAUUGGCAACGCGCAUCAAAUGUCGUUUAACCGUUACCAUAGACGUUGUUGAUUUGUUUCCACAAUUUUCCAUAAAUAAAAGCGCAAUGAACAAAAAACUUACACCUGAGGAUGCCUUCUUUGAAAACCUCUUAUUGGGAUUAAAUAAUACUUUGGCCGAUGUACCUCGUGUCUGUAAUGUCAGUGUGGAAAAGCGUCAACCCUGUGAGAAGUCACAACUUGUAACCUGGGAACAAAGGCAUGGAGUCUAUUUACCAGAGGAUAUGAAGAAAUUCUAUCUCUCCACAGACGGGUUUAUACUGCAAUGGAGUUAUCAAUAUGCUCCCAAUGACAUACGUAAGGUGGGUUACAUACAUUUUCGCCAUUUGCUGGAAAUCACAUUGCUAAGGGAAAAUGUCGAGCCGGUGUUUUCAAACAAUCCGGACAACACCCAGCCGAUUUCCGCCAACAUGGGAACAGCUAAUUUUAUAUCAUCUUUAAGUAAUUAUAACCAAACAACGACCACAUCAUCACCAAGCACCGAUCAAUGGGGUAAUCCUUUACCCAUAAUUGGUCCAAAAACUAAAAUCUUUGAAUUGAAUACCGUCAACGAAGUGGCAAAGGUUUGUCUACUCUACGACUCAUCGGGCAGCAAUACUCCUAAAGUAUAUCUUUUGGAAUUAUCCAAUUUAAAAUGGGUGUUUUUGGCUGAUAGCUUCAGUGAAUACUUACGUAUGGCAAUUGCCCAUUUAGGUUUACCCUAUUGGGAGUUGUGUUUUGCUUCAUGUGGUCUACCCUCAUGGACGGAGCAAUUAUUUUUACUUUUAGCUCCGCAUUUGCUAGAGGAAAAUGAACCCCGGCGUAACAGGGUUAUCAAUCCCGGUCCUGAACAUCCUCACAAUUUAUUGGAUCCGAAUAUAUUUCGCGUUAAGUUCAAGGCAACAACCAACAAAACCAAUUUACAAGGAAAACACAAAUAAUCUGUUUUUCAUUUUCACAUAUUAUUGCAAAAAAAACUGUAUGAAAAUUAUGCUACUGCAUUUUGUGGCGGACAUAUAAAUAAAAAAAAUAUUUUCUAACAAAUACUUGUACAUUGUUUCUAGUAGAAAUCAAUAUGAUUCUCCAAAUCAGCAAACAUUUUAUCCUUAAUACGUGGCCUGGGAUCUUCCUUAA